GAACUCCCGCCGGCCGUCCGGCGCUCUCCCGGAGGCGCGCCCGAGCCGCCGCGGCCGCCACCAACAUGGCCGAGACGAGCGAGGAGGUGGCGGUGCUGGUGCAGCGGGUAGUGAAGGACAUCACCAACGCCUUCAGGAGGAAUCCGCACAUAGAUGAGAUUGGUCUGAUCCCAUGUCCUGAAGCAAGGUAUAACCGGAGUCCCAUAGUCCUGGUAGAAAACAAACUUGGUGUGGAAAGCUGGUGUGUCAAGUUCCUCCUACCGUAUGUCCACAACAAGCUCCUUUUGUACAGAACAAGAAAGCAAUGGCUAAACAAAGAUGAACUGAUAGAUGUCACAUGCACCCUGCUGCUUCUAAACCCAGACUUCACCACUGCAUGGAACGUAAGAAAAGAGCUGAUCCUCUCUGGCACUUUAAAUCCAAUUAAGGACUUACAUCUGGGAAAACUGGCCUUAACUAAAUUUCCAAAGAGUCCAGAAACAUGGAUUCACAGGCGAUGGGUGCUACAACAGCUAAUUCAGGAAACCUCCUUGCCUUCCUUUGUGACAAAAGGAAACUUGGGAACAAUUCCUGCAGAAAGGACACAGAGACUAAUACGAGAAGAGAUGGAGGUCUGUGGUGAAGCGGCAGGGAGAUACCCAAGCAACUAUAAUGCCUGGUCCCAUCGCAUCUGGGUUCUGCAGCAUCUGGCCAAGCUAGACGUCAAGAUUCUUCUUGAUGAACUGUCUUCUACUAAACACUGGGCAUCCAUGCACGUUUCAGACCACAGUGGAUUUCACUACCGCCAGUUUUUGUUAAAGUCUUUGAUUAGCCAAACUGUGAUAGAUGGUUCUGUAUUGGAGCAAAACCCUUUGAGAAGUGAGCCAGCUCUGGUUCUUGCAAAAGAUGAAGCAGCAGCAGCUUCAACAGAGGAAGCAAGGAUAAAUCUUCCCCAUCUUCUCGAAGAAGAAGUUGAAUUCAGCACUGAUCUUAUUGAUUCCUACCCAGGACAUGAAACCCUUUGGUGCCACAGGCGGCAUAUUUUCUACCUUCAGCAUCACUUACGUGGUAGGUUUCCUCACAGUGUGACCCCAUUGUCACCUGCAGACAGCCCUGGGGGAACUUCGAGUGACUUGCACCUCAUCCCAGGAGGCCCCCACAUGUCUCAGGCCAUGGAGGUGGAUGGGCUGAAUGACUCUAGCAAGCAAGGCUAUUCCCAGGAAACCAAACGCCUGAAGCGGACCCCAGCUCCAGACUCUCGGGGCCUGGAGAUGGAGCAUAGGUUCAUCGAUCAAGUAUUGUCCACCUGCCGGAACGUAGAGCAGGCCAGGUUUGCCAGUGCCUACCGGAAGUGGCUGGUUACGCUGAGUCCGUGAGAGAGGUGGAUUAGUCCUGCAAGGUCACCCUUUCAGUGCAAUAUUGCUUUCCUUUCUUACAUAGUCGCAUGAAUUGUUUGCUGGUAUGUGUUCUUCAUCUUUAGGUUAAAAGUCCAUAGUAAAUCUUUUAUUUAUUUUGUUAAGAACUGGCAUUCCUUUGGGGAUAAAAUAACUGUGUAGUUUCUUCCUGCUAAACAGUGAGUCUUAAUUUUUUUCUUCUUUUCAUCCUUUAUAUUUCUAUACAUGAAGCUUCUUCUCAUUUGGUUCUCCUAAUCGGUUAACAGACACAUCUACCCACCUCAGUGCAGUCGCUUGCUGUAUAGGCUAGUUUUUUUCAAUUAAAAUUUUAAGUUGUAGUUCAGCCUUAGAAUAGUACAAGCUCAAAAUUACUCCAUCUGAUUACUGCUUUGAGAAUCAAAUGGCCAGAUAGAUGGGAUUUGCAAAAAUAUAAAUCAUGUCUCUUUCUCGACUCAAGUUAUCGACCAGUGUAACCAAAGUCAGAAGUAUUGGAAUUUAUAUAAAAAACAUGCUUCCAAUGUGUAAUCCAUUUUAAAGUGGUUAUUUUAAAAGAAAAACUAAUUUUAAGAGUUUAUGUAAUUGCAGUACUGGGAAUUAUUUUUAUUACUAGUUUUGAUAGAUUCUUUUUACCUCAAAUUUGGUAUGGGCCAAAAACACUCCCAUUAGCCCUUAUAUAAAUCUUUUUUUUUUUUAACCUGGAAUGCCAUUUUCAAUUAUUACUACUUGUUUUCCUUUUAAAUUCACCAUGAAAAGUGAAAUAUGCAUGGAAAUGUAUCCAUAAACAAUCUUCCUUUGUAAAAAUUUAAGUUCUUGAGGAUACACUUAAACCACACCAUUUUUAUGAAGUGGUUAUUACAGAUUUGCUGGCAAAAGCCAGGGGAAAGAAUAGAUUUUGAAGGUUAGGUCUUCAAUCUUUAUUUUAAAAAAUAAAACAACUUAAAGACUUUGAUACUAAACUUAUCAGGGAUGAGGUACCAAAGUAGCCACCGAACAGCUGUAUCUUAUUUCUCAGUAAUAAGGGCUGGGUUCUUCAGGUCUGUGGGAAAAGGGCCGGCUAAUGUUUACUUUCUGAAUACGUUUCCCCCCUUUGUAAAUGGUCUGUGUUUGUUCUUUCCCUUCCACUUAUCUCUUCUUCAUUCUCCCAGUCCCUUCCAUAUUUUUUGACACUUUCACUUUCGUAUGUUUUUCCUUACUUGUCUAAUUUUAAGGAUGUGUUCUGAAGACAUUCUCCGUCCUCUUUCCACCGAAUCUCAUACCCCAUUAAACACACAGACACACACAAUAUUCACAGGAACUGCCCUUUCAAAGGUCCCCUAAUGAUGGAAACCGCCUGUUGUCCUGUGUGUGUGUGUAGGAUGCCACACUGCAGAAGUAAGUGACCGCCGUGCUUUGCUUGUUUUUUUUACUUGCUAGGUCACCUUUAGGGUGAGGGGACAGAUGUAAAGGCAGACUUCUCCUAGUAUAUAUUAUGGAAGCCUUGGGCUUGAGCGAGGCACACUGCCUUAAGCUUAGGAAAAGAGCAAGUUCUUUAUUUGUGCAUCAUGAUUUUGUUGAGUAGCAAACUGUCAGGGGAGACUUGAGAAUACCAGAAAAACUGUCCAGCCUGGCCCUUGUAGACAGAAUCUGCUUUUCUCUCUUGGGGCAAAAUUUCAUAGUAUUUAGGUAAGAAAAUAAUUGCCAUUAUGAACAUAAUCCCAUGGCCCUUUGUCUACAAAUACCUCAAGGUCUACCUAGACCUCUGUGGAUAAAACCAUUAGUUGAUGAUUUUCUCUACCUGCAGGGGAUAGUGGGGAGACUACACAGAGAUGACAGGAGAGAUUCAGCCCAUUCCACUGGAUACAUGUUGUCAGAUCCUGGCCUCACUCAGUAUUCCCUUCCAAGCAUCAUUUUCAGUAUCCCAAGUAAUAGGGCUUCCUCUGCUUUGAUGUGAGAGUGUCAGGACAGGAGUAUAGACAGUCCCCUGUGAACCAGCGGCUCCGCGCCUUUUUUUACCCUCCAUACGGUGCCCUGCCCACCUUUGACGUUAUCUGCCUUCAUGUGUUUUAAGGCCCUUCAUACACCCUCUUAUGAAGCCAUGCAGUCCUUUACGAUAUCUCGGUCUCUUCUUCCUAAUAAAGUUUUGAGUAGGCAGUAAAAACACAAACAUCUGAAGGAUACUUAGCGUUUGUGACUUUUGUGUGCUACUUAAUUUCUAACGUUCGCAUUUUUCAAGUGCUGAUUCACAGAAAAACCUAGCAUUGCCCCAUAUGGUUGUGUUUUUUUCCUAAAUGGUUGACAUCUAAACUCAUUAGCCGUAGCAUGGUAGUAUCUCUUUGAGUGAAUAAGUUCAUGCUGUGGAAAGGAUGUAUCUUUUCAGGGACUUGUUAGUGUUUACCUUUUUUUCUAUAAAUAUCCUUGUUGAAAGAAAAAGAUAGUUUAGAUUGAUUGACACAUUUCAUCAAACUUUCAUUAGGAGAAUAGUUGGCCAUCAUACUGUCCUGUGGAUCAAGAAUACUACUGACAAGCCAAAAGCAAUAAGAUCUGUAAAUACCUCCACACCACCUUCCUCCCCGGCCCCACCUUUUUUUUAAGUAUACCUGUUUUGGUAAUUUGGUGUUCCCAGAUUCUACUGUGUGCCUUGCACAUGGCGAGGACUUAUCAAAUGUUUAUCAAAUUAAUAAAUGAUUCACUGAAAAAGGGAAAGAUUGAUCAUGAGUAAUGGAUAAAAUGAGUUAUGAUUGAGAAAUUGAUAAGUUAGAGCAAUGGAUUGUGAAUGAAUGAUACAUUCUAGCCUCAUGAUACUACAGGUGAGCUGUUACAUAUAGAAUAAGUUAAUUUAGAUGAUUCUUCUUCAUUUAACGACCUUGUUUAAGCUGUUAAAUCCCAGCCAAGAAAUGCAGCUCUAUGAUUAUGAAUUAACUGUACUUUAAUAUAUAUUAAAAAUUCAUAGAACAAAGCUCGUUUGCAUUAAGAACACCACUUUCUGUUCAUUUAUGGUAUUGGAGGACAGAUCUUGGCAACAGAGCCAGAGACUCUUUGGGGCAUUUGAAGGAAUUCUUUGAUUUCAAAGACUUGUUGAUUUGUAUUUGUGCAAGGAUAGUCAUUUUAUGCUUCUCCUUUUCUCCUCCCCAGCUUGAACUAUAGACCUUUUAGGUAUUUCUUAAACCUGUGUGAGUCAUUUUCUUUUUCUCUUAUUAGGUUUAAGGAUUAGAUACCUGUUAAUGACCCCUUUUUCUUUUCCAGGUUUUAGCAUUUUUGUUACGUCUUUGGAAACUCUGGGCCCAGACUCUCAGUCAUAUCCCUUAUUCCUAUGGUACGGUUCUGAUUAAAGGCUUCAUUAUUAAUAGGAUUAAAUGUACACAUGUUGUCACUAAAAGCCAUUUAAAUCUUCAGAUAAGGGCUUAUGUGACACAAGAUAUGAAAACAAAAGUUCCUUGACUUUUACGUGGCAGUUUGUAGGAAAGCAUUUAUGGUGGUAGACUGUGUGAUUUAGAUGAAUUCAGGUCGUCAUGUGAAUUUAUGCUUGUUAUAUAAAGAGAACUUUUAAUAUUGUUGAGAACAAGUUACCAUUAGUAAUUUUCUGUAGCACAAGAUAGUAUUUGACAUGGGCUAAAUAUUAAUUUAGGAGUACAGCUGUCACUUACUAUACAACAGUCUAAUCCGUAUCUUAGUCCCUCUUAAUUACAGAAGAUACUCAAGGUUUAGUUAUAAAAGGAAAUAACAUAUAUUCUUUGCAGAAAGCUUUUGUAAGCUUACAGUUAUUUUGUUACUAGUAAAUCAAAUUUUAGACCUUUCAGAUAUUUAAAAUAUGGUACGGAAUUCGAACAGCGCCAUUAAAAACUUUUGACUUCUGAGUGAACUUCUCCAGGAGAACGGUGCAGCCCCUGGCACUUUGCAUGCUGCCGCCUCCCCAUGCCUAGAUGCACCCUUACUGUGCUCCUGUGUACUGGAGAAGUCUGGAGGCACAGCAAGGUGGAGACGUGCCCUGGCAUGCAGGCAGCGAGCAGGAAAGAAAAUCAGCCCUGAAAAUCCUACUUGUCACACAGUGUCUUUGAAACAAUAGCUAUAUAUACCUUGUUAAUUUGAGUGCCUUUCUUAUUUCUGGAGGGAGCAAGAUUAAUGUUUAGGGAGAAAACAAAGGACAGAAUUUUUAUCAAACAGUUGAUUGUAACUCAUUUUAUUUAUUCCAGUUGCUAGACACGGUCCCGUGGAGUUUUUUUAUCCAUUCAUGACAUACUGAUAUGAGCAGGUAGGAUGCUUUGGUUUGUAUUUCUUAGUUAGCAUUUUUAAGCGCCCUGCCAAGAAGAAUUAGUUCUUUCCCUGUGACAACUAACUUUUUGGGGAUUGGAGGUAUUUAGAGGACAGCGUGUGCAUAAUUACAGGUUAGUCCGAAACGUGUGCGGCCCAUGUUCAAGGGAAACAGUGGCACUGUGCCUGAAAAGAAAGGCUGUAUGAUUGUCAUAAAUGAAUCCUUUGCCUCACUUUAAGGGUUUUAAGAAUUCCCUCCCAAAUUCUGUGUUGGAGGAAAAGAAGUAAAUAGAUGAAAUUUAAAAUAUGGCAUUUUAUGUAUUUGGUUACAGGAGAGGGGAGGGAUAGAGAGUCCAUAUUUCAAGAUUGCAGAUAACUUUUAAUUGUAAUUUCAUAAAAAUAUACAGCUAAAGAUUCCAAAGUGCUUUUCAGAGGACUAUUGAAUAAUAUAUUCCUAAAUGGCAGCAAUAUGUCAUAGUUCAUAGUGGAGACAGAAAACCAUUGUGUCAGUUGUAGAGGUGUGUGUGUGUGUGUGUGUGUGUGUGUGUGUGUGUGCGCGCGCGCGCGCUUGCAUUGCAGGAGGCACCUCUGGCUCUCAACCUGGACAUCUGUAUUCUCGUUAGGUUAUGUUAAGACUGUAAAACCAAACUCUGUGCUAAAAAAAAAAAAAUAGGAGUAGCUUAGUCUGCUGAUGAACCUUUGUGCUUCCAAGAAUAUUAGCUCUUAUAGGUUGUGCUUUUUGGACAAUAAUAUGGUCCACAAGGCUGACCCUGGCAUUCUUUUAUUAAUCUGUUAUUCCUCAGGGUGUAGAAGAUUUAGUAAAUUUAGGACAAAAUUUUAUAUUCAGUGGCAAAAAAGAAAAGGCAAAAAUAUGCUAAAUAUAUUACUAGCUCUUAAAACUUUAGUAUAGAUAGUAUUUUUUAUAAACCCCUACCAGUGCAGUAGCUCAUAGACGCUCUGUGCCUGCCUCACUCUUCACCUCGCUGCUUCAGUCCCUACGGCUCUAUUAUGAAUGUUCUCUUAACGUCUUCUGCGGAAACAGUUUCUGUAAUGUAUUGUUUUCCACGUUGGGCAGAGGUGGGGGUGUUUCAGUUGACAUCAUUUUGUUUCUGGAAAUCCUGUUCAGGAAAUGAUUACCGUUCGUUUUCAAACUGACAACUGUUUUGCCUCCUAAAACCUCACUUUCCCUGAAAGAGUGUUCUGUGUGCAGACCCCGUAUGUGUUCAGUACAUUGCAUGAUGCCUCACGCCUUGUAGGAAUCCAACGGGGCGCAAUCGUUAAAGGCUAGAAAGUGAAAACUAGCCUCCCUCUGUCUCGGCACCAUUGCCCACAUGCGUGGCUUCAGGAGAAAUCCAGUAUUGUGCGGAAGGUACAUAAUUAGCUUCAAACCAUGCAAGGCAAGAUACACAGCUGCAUCACAUUGUAAGUGAAAUUUUGAUACUUUUAAGGCAUAUAUAUGUGUGUGUUCACAUAUAUGUAUGUAUAUAUGUUUAAACGAGAUUUGGAACUUGAAUUUAUAUAGUGAUUUUACAGAGAAUUUUAUUUAAAGGGUUUUUAUUUUCAUAUUUGCUUAAAGUGCUCCUAUUUAAAAGCAGUUUUCUUUAUUAAACCAGCCCCCUCAAGCAAAGUUGGAAACCUAACACAAGUGCCAUUUGCCUGAAUUAACCAGAUAUUUGUGUAAAAUGUUUAUUUUUGUCUUUGGAUGCUUAUGCACCAUGACAUUCUGGCUUUUCUUCAUACCUUUAGGGAAUCAGCCUUAAUUUUAUGUAUGGCCAUCACUUUCCUCAAAGUACUAUGCAGCUUACUUCAAAUGUUUAUUUAUCUUUAUAAAGUGAUCAGUAAUACAUAUUGAGAUUUUUUUUCAUGUCCUGGGGUGAACAGUUUCACACGUUCAGAUAGUGACUCAUAAAGCAUUUUGUCAGAAGUGCUCAAAUAUUAUCUUCCCUCACCAGUGUCAUCUUGCAUUUGAAGCAGGUACUUUUUCUUAGUGGUUAAAGAAUGAGUGUAGACUGAGUGCAGUCAUAGUAGGUGCUCAAUAAAUAUUUAGUCAGUUAUUGAUCUCAUGGCAAAUUAACAGCUUUCGGAGAGGAAACUUGUUAUCUUUUCACGGAGGAGCAUAUUUUUAAAGCAAUAUAUGUUUGAAACUGAAAAAAUUACAUCAUUUGGCAUCAAUUACUAGGCUUAUUUAGGCUGGAGUUAGUAACAUGCAAUAAACGUACUGUUUGUGUAGAACACGGUCUGAAGAUAGGAGAUGGGGAAAGUUUAAGCAGCAUCUUUUUGUGCAAGGCACAUUAAUAAAUGUGAUUAAAUGUCUUAAUAGGCUGCCAAACUCAAGAGAGAGAGAGAAUUACUGUAGACGCCUACAGUCGGUUUCUCUGUUGGUGUACCUGGUGUUACCUGGCUUAGGUUCUAUUUAUUUCUUCUUAAAACUUGGUUGCUUUCCAGUGUCUUCAAAGUGGUAAUGGUAAAAUACAGAAUUAUAUUAAAUAACUUCUCCUUGUUUUCUCAGAACAUCUUUAAUAUGAGGGAGAAAUUUUUAUGAAAGAUACAGUAGUUUCAGAAUCUGCUCAUUUGUGACUUUCAGAGCAUCUUUGACAGAGCUUACUCAGUGUAAACAGAUUUAAACAGUUGAAAAACAAACAUUCCAGCCUGAGCUGUGAGGAACAGAGUGUGUAAUAUAAGUGUAAUUAGGCAUCGCCUCCUGGCGAGGUUCUUGAUGCAUGACUGUGAUGCUGGCCUCUGACUGACUGUGGUGACCGCUCAGUAUUAUAUUUUGGUGGUGUUCCUGGGAGAAUAAUGAAAUGUGUGCUAGAUUAAUUUGUAUUUGAGAUGGACACAAUAAAAGAUGAUGUGGUAUCAAUAUGCCAGGGAUUUAUACACACUAUUACUGAAAUUUUUUUAAAAAAGAAGAGGGGAAGAAAAUGACAAAAGGUCAGUGAUAUUUUUUAAUAGCCUCUAAGAAAGUUUUUUUUUUUUUUUUUUUUUAAGUCCAAGUCUCUUAGACACUAAGCAGUUGCUAACCUUAUUUAACACUGUGGGACUUUAAGGGAUAGUUCUCAGAUACUGUCUGCUGUUAGAAUUGACGAUGUGUGUGAAUUUUACAUUGCUUGCAGAUUUUCCAAAAAAUGGAGUAUUUAAGUUGCAGUUUAAUGGUUUUUAAAGAUUUUCUUGUAGGUCGUGGUUCAGUGGACAAGUUACAUAUAUGAUCUGUGGUGCAAGGUCAGAUCCUGGGCAUUAAAGAUAAGUUUGGCUACCUUAAUUUUACUGAAGAUACUAAUUGUUUCCCUCUGAUUGCACUGUUAUUUUUUUUUUUAACUAUUUUCCUCUGUGUUCCAGUCUGCAUUGAAGUUCCUUUAGCUCUCACAAUACAUAGUAAUUGACAUUUCUCAAGGAUUAAAUAUUUUGUGAAUUCUUUUUACACUUAAAAUGUGUAUCUUGCAGAGGGAUAAAAAUUAAUUUUGCAGUAAAGUAUGUGCAGAGUGUGCUUACAGUGUCCUGGGAGUUCGUACUCCAGAUUACUUAAAGUAGGAUGGCUAAAUUCUAAGGCUAAUAAGUGACUGUAGACUAUCUGUAUGAGCACUGUCCAGUAGGAAGAAAUGGGAGCCACAUAUGUAAUUUUUAAUUUUCUAGCAGGCACAUUAAAAAAGAAACCCAUGACAUUAACUUAACUAUUUUAAUUAACCCAAUAUAUUAAAAAUAUUUCACUAUGUAAUCAGUAUACAAAAUUAUGGAGAUAGUUUGCUUCCCCCCCCCACCCCCCAUAGUAAGUUUCUAAAAUUCAUUGUGUAUUUUGCACUCACAGUGCCUGUCAGUUCUGACUGGAUACUUUGUAAGUGCUCAAAUAGCCAUGUGUGGCUAAGGGCUGCUAUAUCGGACCGUGCAGGUUCAUAGGGUACAAAAUUUGACUUUAUUUUAAAUUGGGGAGAUGGUGAGGUAGGCAUGAAAUUAUGGUACUUUAAAAAUUAGUAUACUUAGAAAAGUAUCUAAUACAAUUAUCCACAUUGUCUACAUUUUAAAUUUGCUGUAGAAGUAGCUCAAUCUGUUCCAAUUUGCCAAGCAUUAUCUAAGGAGGAAGAAAUUCCAUGCCAUGUAAAAUACCAUGAUAUGCUCAUUAUAACAACACAUUAUUAACACAUUUUUCAAUGUGUUCACUAAAUUCAGUCCUGUCUCUUCAAAAUAAUAGCUUAAAUUGCAUGUUAAUUGUGUAUCUGUACUUGUUUUGUUUUUAUAUUAUUCUUAUAAUAAUGUGUAUUAACAAACAGCCCUAGGAUUCUAAUCUUCCUAUGCAUCUGUCUUCCAGUACUUACUGGUACACUUAUUAAGUUGUUACAAGUGGCAGAAAAGUAGAAUGAACCAUCGUUUUUUUUUUUUUCAUUGUUUUUAUCAUGUGAUCAUGUACCAAGCCAGCUAUAAAUUAUUGUAUUUCUGUAGAAUAUGAAAAAUAGUGUUUAUGUCUUAACUUUGCUAAAUGUUUGCAAUUUCUAAGUAAACUUUUCAUCUCCUAA